AUGAUCCACCUGCUCAUUGACAUCUUUUUAGUGAGGAAGAACUUGUUCUAUCAGCUCAAGGCAACAAAGUUCUUCCAGAUGACAAGACUGGAUUGGGUGGAAGCAGGCUUACAAGUCUGUGGGCAAGGCUACAAUAUGCUUAAUCUGUUGAUCCAUCAAAAGAAUCUGAAUUACCUGCACCUUGACUAUAACAUGAACUUGAAGCCCAUCAAGACAUUGACAAUGCAAGAGCAAGAGAAGUUUUGUUUCAGAAAUGCUUUCCAUUUCUACUGUGAGAUCUUGCAUCUUACCAAGCUUGUUGUUGAUGUGCAUGUCCAGUAUCGGCUCAGCAGCAUCAUUGUGUUCCAGCUUGCUGAUGCACUGCAGUAUAUUUUUGGCCACAUCAGUGCAUUGACCAGAAUGUACUGCUACAAGUACAUGGGUCCUGGUAGUGGCUUUGGGGCACUUGGAUGGUGCAUCUGGCUUUUUUUCAUGUGCAGUAUUGUCCUACUGCUUGAACACUGGCUGAGUAAUCUCCUGGCUCUUCAGUUUGAGGGGCAUAAAUAG